CUCCCUCCUAGAACUUCCUCUCCAAAGCCUCUCGACUCUUCCCAAAGGAACCCCCCCAAGAGAGAAACCCAAUAAUCUCUCCCUCUCUCCAAGAUCAAACAAACACACAAGCGCACCUAAGAACACUGGACUAACUAUAUGGCAAUGAAGAAGUCAAACAAGCUGCCUCAGACAGCGGCCAUCAAACAGAUCCUCAAGAAAUGCUCGAGCUUGGGCAAGAAAUCCUCAAAUGGGUACAACAGCAAUGAGGAAGCUGGCCUGCCAGAGGACGUGCCGAGGGGUCACUUUGUGGUGUAUGUAGGAGAGAACAGGAGCAGAUACAUCGUCCCAAUCUCCUGGCUUGAUCACCCCAAGUUCCAGGGCCUGCUUCAGAGAGCUGAAGAUGAGUACGGGUUCAACCAUGACAUGGGAAUCACCAUCCCCUGUGAAGAAGCGGUGUUCCAGUCUCUAGCUUCCAUGAUAAGAUGAUGAGAACAAAAGAUGGAGACGGAGACAGAGAGAAGCCCUUUAGGGAAGAUUCGAUUUGCAUUUUUACAGAGUUGGUUUCUGGAUAUAUGACAAAUAACUUAUCUAGUCCUUCUAGGGGGGCUCUUGGUUGGUUCGGACCAAUUUGUGACGGAUAUUUGUAGUGUCGCGUUUGUGGUUUUGCAUGUUACAUGUAUGAACGGAAUUGAUCAAGAAUUGC